UGUAUUUGUGGACGUUCAGUAUGACCCAAAGAACACCUCAGUGUCAGUCAGUCCCUCUGGUGAAAUAGUGGAGGGCAGUUCAGUGACUCUGACCUGCAGCAGUGAUGCCAACCCACCUGUGCAGCGUUAUAGCUGGUCAUACAAGAAGAAUGGAGGUGACUAUCAGAGGUUUUCCAAUGGAAACACAGAACCACAGCAAGUCUUCAACCAAAUCAAGUCAUCUGCCACUGGAGACUACUACUGUGAGGCCUGGAAUGGGAUGAAGACAGGGAGGUCUGAGUCAAUCAACAUCGAUGUGAAAUAUGGCCCAAAGAACAUCUCAGUGUCAGUCAGUCCCUCUGGUGAAAUAGUGGAGGGCAGUUCAGUGACUCUGACCUGCAGCAGUGAUGCCAACCCACCUGUGGACAAAUACACCUGGUACAAGAAGAACGUAACCUCACCAAAAGCAUCAGGACAGAGUUACAGCAUCACUAACAUCAUCUCUGAGGACAGAGGAGAAUAUUACUGUGAGACUGAGAAUAAAUAUGGACGUCUCACCUCUUCCCCUGUAUUUGUGGACGUUCAGUAUGGCCCAAAGAACACCUCAGUGUCAGUCAGUCCCUCUGGUGAAAUAGUGGAGGGCAGUUCAGUGACUCUGACCUGCAGCAGUGAUGCCAACCCACCUGUGCAGAGUUACACCUGGUACAAGAAGAUUGGCUAUCAGUCUGUCUCCUACGGGAUCACAGGACCACAGCAAGUCUUCAACCAAAUCAAGUCAUCUGACACUGGAGAGUACUACUGUGAGGCCUGGAAUGGGAUGAAGAGAGGGAGGUCUGAGUCAAUCAACAUCGAUGUGAAAUAUGGCCCAAGGAACACUUCAGUGUCAAUCAGUCCCUCUGGUGAAAUAGUGGAGGGCAGUUCAGUGACUCUGACCUGCAGCAGUGAUGCCAACCCACCUGUGCAGAGUUACACCUGGUACAAGAAGAAUGGAGGUGGCAAUCAGAGUAUGAUAGGACCACAGCAUGUCUUCAACCAAAUCAAGUCAUCUGACACUGGAGAGUACUACUGUGAGGCCUGGAAUGGGAUGAAGACAGGGAGGUCUGAGUAUAUCGACAUUGAUGUGAAAUAUGGUCCAAAGAACACCUCAGUGUCAGUCAGUCCCUCUGUUGAAAUAACGGAGGGCAGUCCAGUGACUCUGACCUGCAGCAGUGAUGCCAACCCACCUGUGCAGAUUUACAUCUGGUACAAGACGAAUGGAGCUGAAACCUCAAUGAGACAUUCUGGAUGGAGUUACAGGAUCACUAACAUCAGCCCUGAGGACAGAGGAGAAUACUACUGUCUGGCAGUGAAUGAAGUUGGAUGCAAAAGAUCAAAGCUUGUUCCUCUAAAGGUUUUGUGUAAACCAAAGACCACCUCCGUGUCAGUCAGUCCCUCUGGUGAAAUAGUGGAGGGCAGUUCAGUGACUCUGACCUGCAGCAGUGAUGCCAACCCACCUGUGGACAAAUACACCUGGUACAAGAAGAAUGGAGCUUCACCGAAAGGAUCUGAAAACACCUUCCUCAUCACCAACAUUAACUCUGAGGACAGUGGAGAAUACUACUGUGAGGCUGAGAAUGAAUAUGGAGGUCUCAACUCUUCUACAAUUUCUGUAGAUGUUCAGUAUGGCCCAAAGAACACCUCAGUGUCAGUCAGUCCCUCUGGUGAAAUAGUGGAGGGCAGUUCAGUGACUCUGACCUGCAGCAGUGAUGCCAACCCACCUGUGCAGAAUUACACCUGGUACAAGAAGAAUGUAACCUCACCAGUAUUGUCAGGACAGAAUUACAACAUCACUAACAUCAGCUCUGAGGACAGUGGACAUUACUAUUGUGAGGCCAGGAAUAAAAUAGCAUCUGAGAAUUCCACAGCUCUGAGGAUCAUUGUAGCAGGGAAACAUACCUCAAUUAAGACUGCAGCUGUAGGAAUCAUAAUUGUUGUUCUGGUUCUCAUACUCUGUCUCUCUGGCUUCAUGUGGUUCAGGAAGAAGGCAUCCAAAUCCACCUCUGGCACAAUAGAAACCAGAGACACAGCAGACGAGGGACAGGGAGACUCUACUCUCCUUUAUGACAACAUAGCCAUGCAGCAGAGACAGCAGUCACCGUCGAGUCAGGAUGACGUUCACUACACCAGCGUCCACGUCUCUCCCUCCAAAAACCAGGAAGAGCUUUGUGCUCCAUCGUCCAACUGCCUCAACCCCAGAAACAGGACAGAGAUGUCCAGUACACUGCUGUGAAAUUCA